AUGAACGUUUCACACUAUACCAACAAGACCAAACCUAUCUUAAAUGAGAAGGAGCGCUCCGCAGUUCCAAACAUGUAUCCACCAGACAUUACUACCCAUCCUGUCAACGUUGUCGUCUCCGCCCAAUUAGACGGUGCAAACGACCACUAUUCCCGUAUGACCAACAGCGCAAUAGGCUACAUUCAGCACAGUACCCAGCUCUACUUUCAGCAACAACACCAGGCCCGGAUCCCGCUUCCAUCUCACAACGUAGCUUCUGUGCUGCCACCUCGCCAACCAGCGCGUGUCGUCGUCAAUGCAGUCAACGUUCUACUCCCCUACUGCACGACUGAGCCGCCACUGGAUGAAGCACAGGUCAUUGCUCUAAGUGACGUUGUGGGUAGUCUGAAGGAGCUUGCGAUACUAGCUCUGGGUGCUGCAUCUGGUGCGGCCGGCUGUAUGAAGAAACUGGAAGGCGCAGUGGGUCCGCGGGCAGCAGGAAACAUUGCAGAGUUCUUUGCCGACGAAUGGGAAAUUGAAGGUUAA